CCGUUGACAACCGAUCUCCAUUUCACUGUUGGUGGUGCUUUGUUCAACCUCUCCCCAGUUCAGCCCAAACUCUCCACAGCACCGACGUGUAUUGUUCCUCUGAACAUAUUACCAGUUGAAUUCCUCCUGCAAUGGCGAGUGGACACCUGGUAUGGGUUGGCUUCAUCGAUGGCCUCCUUCCAGUGGUGGGAUCGGUGAAAGAGGCUGUGGAGUGGGUUCUGGCUGUAGCUGCUGAUAAAAAGGCUCUGGCAGAUGAAAAACUUAAAGUCAUUAAUGGAAGACUUGGACAGAAAGGCAAAUAUGACAAGUCUUCCAGGAGUUCUUCAGGAUAUGCGUCUGACAGCUCAACCUCAUCAUCAUCAUCAACUUCUAGAUUCUCAUCUGGCCAGGCUGCAAUGGAUGUGGCAAGUGUUCCUGAUACGAACCUGAAGGACUUCAUCAUAGAAGUGGGAAAGGGAAAGGUACGUCCACCGACCGGGGGGCCACCAGUGAGAUCUAAAACUGAUCAGAAGAAAAUGCAAGACACUCGAGAAACGACACUGCGGAAGAUCCUACGCAUCAACCAGAAUUUUCAGUUAAACGACCCUCUUGCUGAUGAUGGUAAAAGGUCCAGAAGGGGAGAGCAUGUUAUCAACAAUGGUGUAAUUUCAUUUUAUCACAAAGUUGUGGAUGAUUUCAUGAAGGCGACCCACAUUCCAAACACACUUGGUGUUGAGUCUCCCCUUGAUAAUGACACACGUGUAGCCAUUCAGAAUGACUUGAUAGCGCAUUUUGAUGAAGAUGAGCUGUACAUCAAUGCUAAUGCACUGAUAUAUGGUGAGUACAGUCGUGUGCUGAAGCAGGCCCUUACAAAUUGGCUUGCAGCAGAAACCCAGGAAGUUGUUGGGGAUGUGAAUCGCUUUGUACAGGCCAUGAAUGAGGAGGAGGCAUAUGUAGAUUGGCUGGCAAGGGACAAAUAUAUUGGGAAUCAGAAUGCGAGACGAGUCCGUGUUGAGACUACCAGAGGACAGGUGGUAAAUAUGUUUACCAAUUGGCAGCAAUAUUUUCAAGCUGCUAAAACUGGAAUUAACACCAUAUUUGGUCAAGGGCAGUGAUAGUAUAGGGCUCAACCAAGGAUUUGAAAUGGAUAGAAAUUCAAGCAAAUAAUUGCUUUGCAAACUUGUGAAUUGUAUUGGGCUACAUAAAAAUGUUUUGGUUAAUAGGAGUAAGGUGGCAUGUUGUUACGUUGAAUAAACAUGUAAGCCAUGUUCUUUUCAUUUCAAUUAUGUUUAGUAGGCCUAUUUGUUCAUUAUGCCUGGCUCACU